CGCAGUUUUGCUAUUUCCGGGUGACGUUGCUUACUCGAGCUUGCCUCCUUCCAAAAUAACCAGUGACCGUUCCAUGCUUUAUUUUUGUAUCUAGACUAGAGCUACUGUACUCAUGGGGCGAGAAUACUCACCCAGUGAGUUUUUAAAGACACUCAUUUAAGGCAAAUAUGGAGAAAUAUUCAUCUUGAAACUAACUUCAGGACAACGAAACAUGUGGAGAGUACAAGGGUUUGUUGGAAGAGUUUUGAGCCGGUGCCAUGGCAACGCCCCCCUGCGCCAGUCUCAGAAUCACCACGUGGAGGAUGAGGUCAUCAACACCUCCACCCUCCUCUCCACUGGCUGUCACUCCCCUGACAGCAGCUCUCAGAAAGGGGAGGAUGGAGACAAGAGGAGGAAGAAGAGGACCUCUCAGUUCUGCUACGCUGGGCUCCCCCGCUACACUGCCUUGGAUGCAGUUGGCUGGGGGGAAGCUGCGGUGCUGUUGAUGCAGAUCUGUAGGAGGGUCCACUCUCAGUUUUCUGGGAGUGAACCCAACCCCAACCAGAACCCCAACACAGGACGCCUGGCCAUACAGGGAACCCUGCAGAAGUUUGGCAACCGUUUCCUACUGGAGAGACUGUCUCGCCAUUACGUGCUGCCCAGAGGGAGGAGUGUGCACUGUCUGCCCCAGAGCCAGCAGCCCCAGAGCCAGCAGCCCCAGAGCCAGCAGCCCCAGAGCCAGCAGGCCCAGAGCCAGCAGCCCCAGAGCCAGCAGGCCCAGGAGCACAGCAGGCCCAGGAGCAGCUACAGCAGCCCUGACCAGUUUCAUGAAGACCAUCUGACUGCUGGAACGGAGGAGUCAUCAUUUUCAGAGUCCUCCCUCCCUGAAGACAACCACAGAACCAGAGACGGGGAACAGCCUGGGCAGCAGAAUGACCAGGACGCCCUGGCGGGGGCAGCCCAGAACCUCCAACAGGUAGCCGACUCCAGUGGUCCUGUAGUCCUCAACAUCAUCGGUCUGGAGAGUGCUCAGACUGGGGACUAUGAGGCAGCCUUCUCCUGUUUCCUGGCCUCCGCCAGACGGGGCUACUGCAAGGCCCAGUUCAACACUGGAGUCUGCUAUGAGAAAGGCAGGGGUGUAUGCAAAGACAAGGAGAAGGCUCUUGACUUCUACAGCCAGGCAGCGACAGGGGGUCACAGUCAGGCUCAGUACCGCUGUGCCAAACUCCUCCUGAACAGCAGAGGGCAGCAGAGCACACAGCAAGACCUGGACACAGCCAUCAGCCUACUGCAACAGGCUGCCUCAGCUGGACUGAGAGAGGCCCAAGUGUACCUGGGGUCUCUGUUCUCACAGGAGCCAGUCAGAGAUGGCCGUAAGUCAGUGCACUACCUGAAGAUGGCAGCAGAGAGCGGAGACAGUGAGGCCCUGCUGUUCCUGGGCCAGUGUUAUGAGACUGGGUUCGGGGUGUCCCGGUGCUUCAGAACAGCAGUAGGGUUCUAUCAGAGGGCAGCCCAGGCAGGAAACAGCCAGGCCAAGACCUUACUGGCGCCGCCCUUUGGACUGGAGGAAGAUGCCGUCCUGCGCUCUAUCCGUUCUUCCCAAUGUUUCUCUGUAGCUGACCAUCUGCGUAGACCUCUCUCUACCCUCACCUCCCCUGUCCCUCCCUCCAGUCGCCCCACCCUCCCCCACUCCUGGAGCACAGGGAGCAUGGGCCCCCCACCCAUGCUGUCCUCCCUCACCCCCAGCUCUCAGAGGAACGCCGUGAGGUGGACUAUAGGAGUGGGAUAGUUGGCGCCACAAUCAUGACUCAUGAAUAAUAUAAUGAUAAUAUAUGCCUUUUAGCAGUCACUUUUAUCCAAAGCCACUUAGUCAUGUGUGCAUACAUUUUACAUACAGGUGGUCCCGGGAAUUGAACCCACUAUCCUUGCGUUGUAAGCACCAUGCUCUACCAACUGAGCUACAGAGGACCAAUGUGGUUAUCUAUUGCAUAAGAGUGAAGAGGGAUUGCAUGGUCACAUGUUUAAACACUGGGUUACUGUCCCUCUUUCAGCACUUCUAACUAGAUUUGUAUGUAUGUGUGUAUAUUUGAGCACAGGUCAAUUUUUUGAGGAAGUAUGGGAGAUAGAAAUAUGUCUGAAAGGCAGGCAUGUCAAAGGUUUUGUAUGGCUUUAACUGUUAGCUUGAUGCAGUCUGGGAUCUUAAGCACUUACAAAUUCUUAACAUAUUGUACGAAUUGCAAAAAAAUGUUUGCAGGACGUAACAUAUCAUGCGAAAUGGUUGACGUUACACAAUUUUCAGGGACCCAUUUUGGCUCGUGAGCGCUACUUUAAAAACUACUGGCUGAAAUUCUGCAAAAGCUCUGGUGCAUGACUUUAAUAACUUUAGUAUUGUUCCUACAAAAUGUUCUCAUGGCACAAUCUUGGCCAGUUUUUGUACAACAAACUGCCCUAUGGGUAGAAAGAUGGUAUUGCGAUAUAAUAUGUGCCUUACUAAGUCAUUGUAAGUACAGGAUCUCUGGUAUUUACUUGAUCCUCUUGAUGUGAGUAUGUUUCAUCUUAACUUCAUUAGUUUGCUAUUUCAGUUAUGUCUUUGUAUGUGUGAGCUGUUCUUGUCUACCCAUGGCAUCCAGUGAGGUUAAAGAAUGUCAAUGGAAAAAACGCAAGUACCUUUAUUUUUGUUUAUCAUGAACUAUCGACAAAGUCGUCAUUAUUAUCAGAGCUGAACUAUCCAACCCUGUCCAAUGAUGCAUAAAAGCAAGCGAUACAUAACAUCUUUACAAUAGGUAUCUUUACCCAUGUGGUGGUGCAUUCGGAAACUAUUCAGACCCCUUGACUUUUUUCACAUUUUGUUACGUUACAGCCUUAAUCAAAAAAUG